CCUUAUCUAUAAUGGCUGUGCUGUGGUGGUUAUUAUUUCAACCAUAUUCUCCAUUCUCUGCUUAAUAACAAAAGAAACCAAAAAAAAAGUAAUACAAAAUUUCUCAUCUAUCAAUGGCUUCCUCAACUCUCUCCCCUGUAACUCCCUCACAGCUAUGCUCCGCCAAAAGUGGGAUGUUCUCUCCCGCUCAGGCGGUGUUUGUGAAACCAACAAGAACCCAAAUGGUGAGAGGCAUGAGAGUGGCAUGCCAGGCCACAAGCAUUCCUGCUGAUCGAGUCCCUGACAUGGCUAAGAGAGAGCUCAUGAAUCUGCUUCUUCUCGGCGCUCUUUCUCUUCCUACUGGCUUCAUGCUCGUUCCUUAUGCCAAUUUCUUUGUCCCCACCGGUUCUGGAGGUAGUGGAGGUGGAACUCCUGCCAAAGAUGCACUUGGAAAUGAUAUAACCGUAGAACAAUGGCUCAAGAAUCAUGGCCCUGGAGACCGUACUCUUACUCAAGGAUUAAAGGGUGAUCCGACUUACCUAGUGGUGGAGAAAGAUAGAACUCUGGCGACAUACGGAAUCAACGCAGUGUGCACGCAUCUCGGGUGCGUGGUACCUUGGAAUGUUGCCGAAAAAAAGUUCAUCUGCCCCUGUCAUGGAUCCCAAUACAAUGACCAAGGAAGAGUUGUUAGAGGACCUGCUCCUCUGUCACUCGCUUUGGCGCAUGCUGAUGUAGACGACGGGAAGGUCAUCUUCGUCCCCUGGGUCGAAACAGAUUUCAGAACUGGAGAUGCACCAUGGUGGUCUUAAGCUUUCUAAAACAAACAUUGCCCCAUUGGUCAUGUUGAAAAUGUAAUGAAUCACUUUGUUUUCUGAACAUAAUGCUUCAUACAAGUAAGUAAUCUUUGUGAAAUAGAGCUCAUAACGCUUAUCAGGACAAUCAUAUUGUAUACUUGGAUAAUCUUGUGACGCUCCACAAUUUUACUAAGUAGUGUCAUUUAUUUUCUGCGCCAA